AUCAGCGUCGGAGCGCUGACGUAUUUGCACUUCCGGUCUGCUGUAGAAUGAGUUGUUGUUCUCAAAAUGGCGCCGCUGGACCUGGACAAGUAUGUUGAAAUCGCAAGACAGUGUAAAUAUCUUCCGGAGAACGAUCUCAAGAGAUUGUGUGAUUAUGUAUGUGACCUGCUACUAGAGGAAUCAAAUGUACAGCCAGUAUCCAGUCCAGUCACUGUUUGUGGUGACAUCCAUGGACAGUUUUAUGACUUAUGUGAACUUUUCAGAACUGGAGGACAAGUACCAGACACAAACUACAUUUUCAUGGGAGACUUUGUGGACAGAGGGUAUUACAGUUUAGAGACUUUCACAUACUUGCUAGCACUUAAAGCAAAGUGGCCCGACCGCAUCACACUGCUUCGUGGGAAUCAUGAGAGUAGGCAGAUUACACAAGUGUAUGGCUUUUAUGACGAGUGCCAAACUAAGUAUGGAAAUGCCAAUGCUUGGCGAUACUGCACUAAAGUGUUUGACAUGCUGACUGUUGCUGCUUUAAUAGAUGAGCAGAUCCUUUGUGUGCAUGGUGGCCUUUCACCUGACAUCAAGACUUUGGACCAGAUUCGCACCAUUGAGAGGAACCAGGAAAUCCCUCACAAGGGGGCAUUUUGUGACCUUGUCUGGUCUGAUCCAGAAGAUGUUGACACUUGGGCUAUUAGCCCGAGAGGUGCUGGAUGGCUUUUUGGUGCCAAGGUCACCAAUGAGUUUGUCCAUAUUAACAACUUGAAACUAAUUUGCCGUGCACACCAGCUGGUUCACGAGGGCUACAAGUUUAUGUUCGAUGAGAAGCUUGUGACCGUGUGGUCAGCGCCCAACUACUGCUACCGCUGUGGCAACAUUGCCUCUAUUAUGGUGUUCAAGGAUGUGAAUACACGGGAGCCCAAACUGUUCCGUGCUGUGCCUGAUGCAGAGCGAGUCAUUCCACCCAGAACCACAACGCCCUACUUCCUCUGAGGGCAAUGCUUACUGUGUCCACCCUCCACUCUUUCUCAUCUUGGUCAACCUCUCUUUGUUUGUUUGCUUUUGUUAAUGAAAUUUUUUUUUUUCUUCAAAGAAUAUGCAUGCCCUUUCACUACCCCCCCACUGAAAUUAGAUUAUGAGAAACCUUGAAAAUAUUGCUAGCCCUUUUCAUGAGAAGUGCAAGCUUGUCAUGUAGAAAUUUGAUGUAAAGUAAGCAGUACUCCUUUUGGUGCUGUUUGUUUGUUUGUAAAAUAAACAUACAUUGAUUUUAUUAUAUGUGGUACUACAACUCCUUAAAAAAAAAGUCCACGACUAUAUUAGACUAAGAGUGUAGGCCUUUUGACUUAAAUGGUUUAUUCUGGCCCUGUUUCCUUGAAGUCUGUGUAAUGAAAUUACAAGAUUGGGUGAGGUUGGACCAGGUGAAGACAUGGAGGAGGCUGUGAUUAUUUUGUACAUUUAAAAUUGUAUUGAUAAUUUCUUUUUUUUCUUUUUUUUUUUUUCUUCAGAUAUGUUGUAUUUUAUUAUUGUAGAGAUGGUGACCCACAUACCAAUUAAAUAUUGAAAAAUAAACCCCUUUAUUAUUAAUUUAAA